UGAAGGAAGGAGAGAAGGGCACAAUGUUGCUCUUCUCACAAUGGAGUCAUUUCUCCAAGCUCAGGAGCCAACCAGAGGUAUGAGGCCAAUCAAAGAGCAACCAGAGAUCACUCUCACCAAUUCUGCACCAACUUGAAGUGUGCCCAUAUGUUAAUGUCCCUGGAAAAGAGCUCAAAGGGAGUUACAGAACUAUGAGGAGAUGUGUCUGGGCUCUCUGAGAAAGAUAAUAUUAAAGAACCAGACCAAGGAACAAAACACUAACUCGGUCUCUUUAUGUUCUUUCCCCAGGAUAUGAAAGGCAUCCUGGAAAGGAAUGAGGAGCUGCAACUUCAAGAUCCGGAGACUGUAAACCUCACUUAUACAACUUACCAGAUGACUGGUUUAAUAGAAAUUCUCAGGAGCUAUCAAACGGGUAUCACAGUGGAUCCUGAAACAGACAGACUUCAUCUUAUUGUGCCUGAACAUUUUAAGAGUUUAAAGUAUAAUUUUGACCCACGCAACCACCCUGACAAUGAAGAACGACAUGACUAUUUUGUUACUGUGUUGGGGACUGAGACCUUUACCAGUGGCAAACACUACUGGGAAGUAGAUGUGGAAGGUCAGACAGAAUGGGUACUUGGAAUCUGUGAGGAUUCAGUCAGCAAAAAUGAGAAUCUCUCCAUGUCAUCUGAAGAUGUAAAAGCCAUAAUAGGCUCAAAAGUUAAAAAUCAAACACUCUUCUGGAGUUCAGAAGGUUGCUUUUAUUGGAUAGCUGCAAAUAAGUUGGGUAUUUUCCUUGACUAUGACGAGGGCAACAUUACUUUUUAUGAUGUUAAUGAAAAAAUUGUUCUCAUUAGUUUCCGAGAUUCACCUUUUCAAGGGCCCGUUCGCCCUUUCUUCUCUACUUCCCUUGUUAAUAAGGGAAGUUCCUCUUAAUCACCCAUUACCUACCCCAGCAACAGUCAGAAGACACAUGCUAUUUACUCUUAGAAACUGAAUGAGAAGUAAAUAAGAUGACAAUGAACAUGUCUUUCCAUUAAUUUGAACUUGUUGAAGUGAUGAUUUUCCAACCCAAUGCAAAUAAAGUCUAUUUUGUUCAUA